CCAGCGGUUCCUCCUCCAACUCCUCCCGCUGAGGAUGUAGACCGUCAGCGGCGCAGGUUUAAUAUGCGCAUGCUAGUCCCGGGACGCCCUGUUAAAGAGACUCCAGCCACACCUCCGCCCAUUCCUGUAGAGCGGCCCACCUAUAAGGAGAAGUUCAUCCCACCCGAACUCAGCAUGUGGGAUUACUUUGUGGCCAAACCUUUCCUUCCUCUUUCUGACAGCGGGGCGCUGUAUGAUUCGGAUGAGAGCGGUGCUAGUGACAACGAGGAUGAUGAUGAUGCCUUCCUCUCUGACACCCAGAUGACCGAACACUCCGACCCAAAUUCCUACAGUUGGUCUCUGAUCCGCCUGGUGAUGAUCAAACAUGGCCUGCACAAUGUCAAGACAUUCCUGCCCCUGGCUGGACUGGACUUCACAGAACUACCAGUGACAUCUCCACUCUGCAAUGCUGUGCUGAAGACUUUGGAAAACUGGGAGCAGCUUCUCUUGGAAAAGAUCAACAAGUUUGAUGGCCCGCCACCAAACUACAUCAACACCUACCCCACUGACCUUAGUGCAGGUGGGGGACCGGCUAUACUCCGACACAAAGCCAUGCUGGAGCCAGAGAACACACCGUUUAAGUCAAAGCACCAUCUGUCUUUCCCUGCUCGCCGUCUGUGGCAUUUCUUGGUCAAACAGGAAGUGCUUCAGGAGACUAUGAUUCGGUACAUCUUCACUAAGAAAAGGAAGCAGAGUGAGUCUAUAGAUGAUCAUGUGGACCACCUCAUACAAAACUACGUUACUGGAGCUCGCAAAGCCAGCAAGGUGGAGGCUGAUAUGGGUUACCCCGGAGGAAAAGCCAAAGUCAUCCACAAGGAAUCAGACAUCAUCAUGGCAUUUGCCAUUAACAAGGCUAACACUAAUGAAAUAGUGCUGGCGUCCACUCAUGAUGUUCAGGAAGUGGAUGUGUCCACACUGGUCGCAGCUCAGCCAUACACCUGGAUCGGAGAGGACUUUGACAAGGAGUCCCGCAGCUCUGAUGAUGUCGACUACCGCUCGUCUCACACCAACAUCGCCCAGGCCAGCACUGGUCCCUUUGCCCCCCAACAGAUGGCAGCGUCCUCCUCCAUGCCCUGGCUGGGAACCGGGCAGACCAGCAUGGGAGCCAGUGUGAUCAUGAAGAGGAACCUGAACAAUGUGAAGAGGAUGACGUCCCAUCCUAUCUAUCAGUACUAUAUGACUGGAGCUCAGGAUGGUAGUGUGCGAAUGUUUGAGUGGAAUCGUCCACAGCAGCUCAUCUGCUUCCGGCAGGCUGGAAACGCUCGAGUCACUCGCCUCUACUUCAACUCACAGGGCAACAAGUGUGGCGUUGCAGAUGGUGAGGGAUUUUUGAGCCUCUGGCAAGUCAAUCAAACCUCCUCAAACCCAAAGCCCUAUUUGAGCUGGCAGUGUCACAGUAAAAGCUGUGGUGAUUUUGCCUUCAUCACGUCCUCUAGUCUGAUCGCCACAGCGGGACAGUCCAACGAUGGCAGAAAUGUCUGUUUAUGGGACACACUGAUCGCUCCUAGUAACUCCAUGAUACACUCCUUCCAGUGUCAUGAGAAUGGUGCGACCGUUCUUCAGUACGCUCCUAAGCAGCAGUUGAUCAUCACGGGCGGCAGGAAGGGAUUCGUCUGUGUUUUUGACAUCCGUCAGCGGCAACUGCUGAACACAUUCCAGGCACACGAUUCGGCCAUCAAAGCCCUGGCCAUGGACUCCAGUGAGGACUUUUUUGUCACUGGUUCGGCUGAAGGGAACAUGAAGGUCUGGAAGUUGGCAGGUCAUGGCCUCAUGCACUCAUUCAGCACCGAACACGCCAAACAGUCCAUAUUCCGCAACAUUGGGGCCGGCGUGAUGCAGAUUGAAACCUGCCCAGGAAAUCGGAUCUUCACCUGCGGUGCCGACGGAACCCUGAAGAUGAGGGUCCUUCCCGACCGCUACAACAUUCCGGCCAGUAUAUUCCAGAUCCUC